AUGGCGGCACCGGCAGAAAUCCAGCUAGCUACCCUCAAUCGAUUCAUCGAUGGUUGGAGAAAUUGGAAGGCUACGGACAUGCUUGCACCAAUGUCUUCCGACGUCACGCAAAAGUCCCUGCCAUUUUCGCUGGGCCACCCAGCGAGAACCCGCGAGCAGAUCGAGGCGACAUUGCCGCUGCUACAGCGUGUGGUCACCGAUUAUGAGCUAACCAUUCAUGAAAUCGUGCACGACGCACCCAAGAGCAAAGCAGUAGUGUAUGCUCUGUCCAAGGGCAAGACUCCAUUCGGCGACUGGACGAACGAGUAUGCUGUAUUCGUCACAUUUGACGAAAGUGGUCGUGAAAUCGCGAAAGUGGAGGAGAUGAUUGACACGGCAUUUAUGAAGGACUUUUACCCCAAGUUCCAGAAAUAUCUGCAAGAGCAGCUGGCUAGUAGUGGCUCUAGUUAA